UGAAACUCAAUUUAUUUUUUCUCUCUCUUUCUCUUUAGGGUGCGGCGAGAUGUUUGAUGCAUCAGACUUAUGUUCAAAUUUGUCAUUUUAUAUUAAAGUAAUUGUUAGUACUAUUAUAUACUAGUAGGUUUUUUUUCCUUUUUGUGUGUUACAUGUGUAUAUUCAAGGUGGCGAAUUAUAGAAAAAAAGGGGAUUAUGAGGCAAUUAGUAUAAGAGAUGAAGAAGAAGAAGAUGGGAUUACUAAUAAUAAUAAUAAUAAUAAUGUAAUGUUUUCUGGGAAUAUUAAUAGAGAAGAAGAGAUGUCUGUGAUGGUUUCUGCAUUGACACGUGUCAUUACUGGUGAAGAUAGAAUAUUAAAUCAAGGAAAUAAUAAUAAUAAUAAUAAUAAUAAUAAUAAUAAUAAUAAUAAUAAUAAUAUUGGUUCUUCUUCUUUGAAUGAAUUUUCUGGAGGUGUUGGAGAAAAAAGAGGACGUGAAGAGCAGCAAUAUUUCUUGUCAAAUAUUAUUAGUUCAUCAUCAGGUAGUGGAGAUUCAAGCAUUAAUAGAACUAUUGCAAGCAAGACAUCAUCAACAGAAGCAACAUUCAUAUACACUAGCACUCCAACAUAUGAGCAUAAUAAUAACACCAAUGUUAUUGAUUAUAAUCAACCAAGAAGAAGAUAUAGAGGAGUUAGACAAAGGCCAUGGGGAAAAUGGGCUGCUGAAAUUAGAGAUCCAUAUAAAGCUGCUAGGGUUUGGCUUGGAACAUUCGAUACUGCUGAAGAUGCUGCUAGAGCUUAUGAUGAAUCUGCUCUUAAAUUUAGGGGUAGCAAAGCCAAACUCAACUUUCCUGAAAAUGUUAGGCUCUUGCCUACUUCUUCAAUCCCACGUCAGAAUGACGUUGAUAAUAUGAGAUUUUCGAUAGAACAACCAUCUCUGACAAGCACAGUUCCCACGAAUAUUACCAUGGAAAGUAAUUUGGGAUUUUUAACAGAAAAACAGUUUCUGACAGGCACAUUUCCCAUGAAUUCCGUGGAAAAUGUACCUGUCUCUAGUAUUAUUUCUCCUAAUACCUCUACAAACACUCUUUCAGCAAUCUCUUUUUUUCCAAAUAGUAAUCCAAUAGUGCACACUCAAUUAUCUAAUAGCAAUUUCUUGAAUGAUGAUUUUCAAAGGGUGCAUUCAUCUUUAAGUUUGUUAAACCAAUCCAAGUUUUCUACUACAUUCCAGUCUUCUUCUUCUUCUCCAUCGUCGUCUUCUUCUUCUCGAGUGCCUUUUGUUCCGAGUAUGUAUUUUCGUGGUUCUCAGCCUACUAGUCAGAGUAGCGAAAGUGAUUUUCGGGCUACUUCGUCGGAUUCAGCUCAUUACCCUUCUUCUUCUUCAAGAUGAUGUAGUAGAAGUGACUAGUUAGGGUUUUAUAUUUAUAACCUCAAUAUGAAUUUUGAAUGAAUUGUGAACCAAAAUGGGUCUGCAUAAUGACCUAUGUAAUGGACAAAGUCCUAGUUUUCUUUUUUGAUGAUUUUGUUGGGUAUCUAUACCUUGAGUGAGAGCUCAUAAAAUAAGAGUUAUUUUUGGAAAUUUCUUGUUUUAACAAGACAAUAUGGGGUGAUGAUG